AUGUGUGGGAUUUUCUUUUCCUUGUCAUCUGGAACAAACUCACCUUCUUCAGAAACACAGUCUUUACUGGAGAAACGUGGACCUGACAGCUGCAAGACGCACACUGUCCACAAGGAGAUCUCAACGCCUGAUGGCCAGCUCCUGACUUACCACCUCACCUUCAUUUCGACGGUGCUAUCACUAAGGGGUGAUCAUGUCUACACCCAACCACUGAUAGAUCCAACUAGCCAGUCUGUACUGUGCUGGAAUGGAGAGGCUUGGAAAAUUUCAGGCAAGCGUGUCUCAGGCAAUGAUACUGAGCAUAUCUUGAGCUUGUUUUUGCGGGCCGUUUCUGUCGAUAAUGAUGACAGUAGAAGCCCCGCUCACAAACUUGGCGAGGCAGUUGCAAGUAUCUCUGGGCCAUUCUCAUUCGUGUUUUAUGAUGCAACAAACUCGCGAAUUUUCUUCAGCAGAGACUGUCUUGGUCGAAGAUCUCUCCUGCAGGGGUAUGAUGACGAUGGGACGUUGAAGAUUUGCAGUAUCUGCGACGGAUCUUCAUCGACCUGCUUUCAGGAGAUAGGCUUCAGUGGGGUUUAUAUGAUUGACCUUUUGGCGCCUCAUGGCCUGUCUCCAUCCAUUAAAGAACAAUAUAAGAUCGAGACAUUGCCGUGGAGCACUGAUCCCUCAACUGAGGGUCAUAUUAAAAACCCAAUUCCACCAAUGAACAUGUCAGUUCCAUCAGAACAGCCACCAGCAUUAACAUGGGAGACUCCGUUUGUUCUGGACCUAGAAUCCAAACUUCGCGAGUCUUUAGCAUUAAGAAUUGACGAUGUUCCUGAGCCGCCUGGUUUUAUCCAAGGAAAAAGCGCAAAGGUUGCUGUCCUCUUUUCUGGUGGCCUUGACUGCACACUCCUCGCUCGGUUAUCUCAUGACAUCUUGCCUAUCGACGAACCAAUCGAUUUGCUCAAUGUCGCCUUCGAGAAUCCCCGUGUGGCAGCUGCCGCUAGUGCAAACAAGUCAAGCUCACCUCAGCCUCUCUCAAUAUAUGAGGCUUGUCCUGAUCGGAUGACCGGUCGUUCAGCCUACAAUGAGCUUCAGAAAAUAUGCCCGGGUCGGAAUUGGCGCUUCGUAGCCAUCGACAUACCUUAUCAAGAAACACUAGCACAUCGAGAUAUUGUGAAGCGUCUCAUAAGACCACAUAACACAGAGAUGGAUCUCUCCAUUGCGUGCGCUCUAUACUUUGCCUCAAGAGGCCAAGGCACAAUCUCUAUUAACGAUAGUACUACUUCCAGUACAGAUCAGCCUUUCACUACAUCUGCACGUGUACUGCUCUCUGGCUUAGGUGCCGAUGAGCUCUUUGCCGGAUACGGUCGGCACGGCGUGGCCUUCAAUCGUAAUGGAUUCGAAGGUCUUGUGUCAGAAAUAAAUUUGGACGUUAGUCGUCUCGGACAAAGAAAUCUGGGUCGUGAUGACCGCGUCCUUUCCCACUGGGGUCGAGAGACUCGAUUUCCUUUCCUGGAUGAAGAAUUCGUCGCAUGGGUUCUUCAAUCUCCAGUAUGGGAGAAAUGCGGGUUUGGAGUUGCGGCUGUCCAAGUGUCAGAUGAGAUAACAACAGGCAUUGACGCUGAAAAAAUGGCGCUUCGACUUGUUGCACUUCGACUCGGACUUUCCAGUGUUGCACGUGAGAAAAAGCGCGCCAUUCAAUUUGGCGCUCGCACGGCAAAAAUGGAGAAGGGACGAACGAAAGGCACUGAUACUCUCAGUUGA